CCCUUCUUUGUAAACAUUACUUUGUUUACAUCGCGCCGUGGUCGGGACGCAGUGACCGGAAAAAAUAAACAAAUUUCCGCAUUUUUCUCCAGCUCUCUGUUACUAUUCUUGCAAAUAAUGGACGUAGGAGAGUUGUUGUCGUUUAAGCCCGAGCAAACCCCGAAGCGUCCGUCCGAUUUCGAACGCGAGGACAACCAAAACGACGACGACGAUGAACACUCCCCGGAACCGGCGGCGGCUCGCAGUCAACCACCGAAAAAGGUGAAUCGCACCGAACAGACCGCAACGGCACGGGGAAACCCGGUACUGCCUGCCAAGGAGCCACAAAUCAGCGAAGAGGAGCGGUUAAACAUUCUGAAGUUUGUUGAAACGGAAGAACCGGACGGUGAGGUGCUUGACGAGAGCGGCCUGAAGAAGAUGCUGCUGCUGUUCGAAAAGCGGGUGCUCAAAAACCAAGAAAUGCGUAUCAAAUUUCCGGACAAUGCGGAAAAGUUUAUGGAAAGUGAGAUCGAACUGAACGACGCCAUACAGGAGCUGCACGCGGUGGCCACGGUGCCAGACCUGUAUCCACUGCUGGUCGAGCUGAACGGUGUGGCCAGCUUGCUGGAUCUGCUGUCGCAUCAAAACUCGGACAUAAGCGUAGCCGUGGUAAAUUUGCUACAGGAACUAACCGAUGUGGACAUUCUGCACGAGAGUCUGGACGGAACGGAAACGCUGAUAGAAGCGCUCCGCAAUCAGCAGGCAGCCGGCCUACUGGUACAGAACCUGGAGCGCUUGGACGAGUCGGUUAAGGAAGAGGCGGACGGUGUCCACAAUACGUUGGCAAUCUUUGAGAAUCUUAUCGAGGUAAAGUCCGACAUCGCAAAGGAGGUUGCCGAACAGGGCCUGCUACAAUGGAUCAUGAAACGUCUGCGGGCCAAAAUACCGUUCGACGCGAACAAGCUGUAUUGUAGCGAGAUCCUAUCGAUAUUGGUCCAGGAUACGAACGAAAAUCGCAUUACGCUGGGCAAUAUUGAUGGUAUCGAUGUGCUGCUUCAGCAGCUAGCCGCCUACAAACGACACGAUCCAAACUCGGCUGAAGAGCAAGAGUUCAUGGAGAACCUGUUCAACAGCCUGUGUUCGGCACUGAUGGCCAAAGAGAAUCGUGAAAAGUUUCUCAAAGGGGAAGGGUUACAGCUGAUGAAUUUGAUGCUACGCGAGAAAAAGCUCUCGCGCAAUGGUUCGCUCAAGGUGCUCGAUCACGCAAUGGCCGGACCGGACGGGCGGGACAAUUGUAACAAGUUCGUCGACAUUCUCGGACUGCGGACCAUCUUUCCACUGUUCAUGAAAACGCCGAAGCGUAGCAAGAAGCGACUGCUCAGCACGGACGAGCACGAGGAACACAUCGUUUCGAUCAUUGCGAGCAUGCUGCGCAACUGCAAAGGAUCCCAGCGCCAACGGUUGCUGUCGAAAUUCACCGAAAAUGAUUUCGAAAAGGUGGAACGACUGAUGGAACUGCACCGGAAGUAUUUGGAUAAGGUGGAAGCGAUGGAUCGGGAAAUUGAUCAGGAAAUGCGUGUCGACGAUGAAGAUGAGCAGGAUGACGAUAUGGUGUACGUGAAACGACUGUCCGGAGGGCUCUUUACGCUGCAGCUGGUCGAUUACGUAAUACUGGAAAUAAGCUGCACCGAUGUGGUGAAGCAGCGUGUACUGAAGAUCCUGAACCUUCACAACGGCUCGAUGAAGAUGAUACGGAACGUAAUGCGCGAGUAUGCUGGGAAUUUGGGCGAUGCCAGCGAUAGCGAUUGGCGUGAACAGGAGCAAGCCCACAUACUGCAGCUAAUCGAUCGUUUCUAGGGCGAACAAUUGCGAGUUCAACAAUCUAGUGUGCAUAGAGGUGAAACGGAUUUCACGAAUUUCACAAUUUUCACGUAAUAUCCAAUAAAGCACACACUCACACACACCUUAAAGUUUAUGGAGAAGUUCAA